AUGGAAGCUAUCGAGGAUGAGGAACCGAUAUAUGAACUCGCUGUUGAAUGCGAAAGGCUGUUCGUACAACAGAUUUCCAAAUUAAACGACGAAGACCAGCCAAAUGGUGCCAAGGUUCUCUCGGAGCUGAGCCAGCGAUUCGCCGCCUGGGCAGCUUUCUUGGGUGUCUUCGCUGUAUCGAAUGUAGUAUUCGAACGAGAUGACUUCCCUGCUUGCAUUGCUACUGGGUCGUCUGAUGCGCGCCAGUCGUCGCUGCAACCAUCUUGCAUAAGAAUUUACAACCUGGACGCAAUUUUAGGGGCCAUUGGACGCCUUGAGCAUCUCGGAUUCUCCAUCCGAAAUUCAUCAAUGACGAGCGAGGUAACAAAGUCUAGAAAAUUUGCGGAAACAUUUGACGUGGCGUCUUUCGAGGGACUCGCAUAUCUAUCUGUGAAGAAGCUUUAUCCUGAUGUAAGCGAAGGCCUUCUAGAACAGCUCACCCGAUCCAUGACAGAAACCUACUCUCGGUUCCUUCAUCGCAAAUAUCGCCAGGAGCAGUUUCAAGCCCCCAGGUCACGUCCCCGGACAGCGGUGCCAUUAUCCACUAAUGCAGAGGAGCCUGUCGAAGACUCCGAUGCGAAAAGCCCCGUGGAUGUCCAGAAACGAGAAUCCCGGGAAGGUGGAGGUUCUACUACAACGCUGCUUCAAGGUCGUUCAGCUCAUGUUUUACCCAUAUCUGAGCCAACGUCCGUGGAUAGUCAGGGAGUCCCAAAAAGGGUCGAGAAAAUGCCCAGCCCCGCAGAAAAGGACGAGACAACGUCUAUCUUGGCCAACCAAAUGGAUUACCCCCCACCAACCAAAGGAAGCUUAACCUGCGAGUGGUGCUUUAGGCCCCUCCCGACUGACUUGUUCGAAGGAGCCAAGUGGCGGCGGCAUGUGAAUGAAGAUUUUGAGCCCUACAUUUGUAUCUCGGAAAAUUGCUCUGAGCCAUUGGUGAGGUUCGCGAGCUCGACACAAUGGAUGGAGCACAUGCUUACCACUCAUGGUAAAUCUUGGCACCGUGAAGCUCAUGUGCUGCCAACGUGGGCUUGCCCGCUGUGUGGCGAUGGACACGCCACUUUUGCCGGGCCGGGUGUUCUUACCGAGCACCUUGAGAAUCUUCAUACAGGGACUUUUACGGUGUCUCAGGUACAAGCAAUCGUGCGACAGAGUCAGUUUUGGUCUCCUCGUGGGCAAGAUAUCUGCCCGCUCUGCUGUCUGCCAGUACAGGGCAUACAUGAUCCUCUAUCUAAGGAAACGGGUGAUGGGAAUCCCCAAACGACAAGCAGGGACCGUGAACCACAGGACUUUUUUGGUCCGUCCUCGAGUAACACGGCCAGAUUGGGAAUGAUUGCAAGCCAUGUGGCUGGGCAUCUUCAGGGUAUAAUGCUUCUCACACUGCGCUUGAUAUCCAUAGAUGUAGCGAUGGAUGUUUCGGCCGACAACCAAAGUGCACCCGGCAGAACUGACGAUCAGUCGUCACCGAUAAGGUCAUUUAUAGAGGACAUUUCGCUCCCCACAGAUGGCGAAAUUGACCCUGACCACGAUCCUCUAGAACAUAUCGUGCCUGAUUGUGAGCAGGUUGAUUGGAGCACUAUAUCUCGCCGUUACGAGGCCUCAACAGAGCCUUAUCUUGAGGAUAUACCCCUUGAAGGAGUCGCUUCUCAGCAAUCUGGUGACCAAGAUUAUCUGGGGUGGGAUCUGGAAGAAUUUAUCUCCAACUACCCUACGAGAAAAUCUAGGGACAAAAAUUGCUUGGGUCAGGACCUAGAGGAAUUUAUCUCCAACCCCCCUCUAGGAGCACCUCGUGACUACAAGUACCUGGAUUGGGACUUAGAAGAAUUCAUUUCUAAUCCCCCUACAGGACCAAUCCAGGACCAAGAGUACCUGGGGCAAGAUCUUGAAAAAUUCAUUGGUGAUGCCCCUAUUUGA